CUGCUUAGUACACGACUUGUGCAGAUUGAUGGUGCAGGUGUGCAAUCGGCUUUCUAUGCUUGUCAUUUUCUGUUUAGUUGCUACUUGUCUGUCCUAUUGCUGUGUGGAGACGGGGAGGGAGUAGCGUUACUAAGGCCAGUCUUGUGUCAGGUAUAAGGGAAUAACAGUAUGGUGCCUUAACGGUGGUUUGUUUACCUAGCGAAGGAAAUGACUUCGAAGAAAGAACAACUCUUAUCUACAUUUACUUGUACAAAACCUACUCUGCUAUUUUUUAAUUUUUACUUUUACUCUGGGCUUGGCAUGUAAAUAGUCUAUGUACUGAUGUGCCAUUGUUACAAAUGGAAAGGGAGUUUCACUUUGGGAACGUGAGCAUAUCCCUAGUGCUCAUGUUGUUUUUGAGGGCUCUGACUGGGACGUCUCCAACUCUAAGCUUUACCUCCGGGAGAGAGCCUCAAACCGCAGCCGCUCUGGGGUCACACAGAGCCGGGGAAGAUGGAAACGAAGGGGUGUUGGUGGAACGGGGCUUGGAAAGUAUCGGCGGUCCUCUUCCGGGUGUUAUCGGAGACGUGACCGUGGAGGAUCAUGAUGAUGAGAGCGGGGCGACCGGGAACGGAGAGGAGUCGUACGGAGAAAGUGACGGAAACAUCAGACCGAAACGCUCUCUGGUGAUCAUCAGUACUCUGGACGGUCGUAUCUCCGCUCUAGACCCCUACAACCAGGGACGCAAACAGUGGGACCUAGACGUAGGGUCAGGAUGUCUGGUCUCAUCCAGCCUCAGCAAACCAGAGGUGUUUGGUAAUAAGAUGUUCAUCCCAUCAUUGGACGGAGAGUUGUUCCAGUGGAAUAGAGACAGAGAGAGCAUGGAAGCUGUUCCCUUCAGUGUCGAGUCUCUCCUGGAGUCGUCCUUUCGCAUCGGGGAAGACACUGUCCUGGUGGGGGGAAAGAGUCUCACGAGCUACGGUCUGGGAGCCUACAGCGGCAAGCUGAGGUAUAUCUGCUCAGCAGUUGGCUGUAGCCGCUGGGGCGAGGAGGAAACAGAGCCUGAGGAUGUGUUGCUGCUGCAGAGAACCCAGAAGACCGUCAGGGCCGUGCGACCACGCUCUGGCUUGGAGAAGUGGAACUUCAGCGUGGGGAGCUUUGAGCUGAGGUUUGUUCCCGACAAACAGCUGACCAGUAACUUCCUGGAGGGAGAGAUGGCGAGCGGCGAGGCCAUGUGGAAGGAGGAGCAGAGGAGCAGUGGGCAGAAGAUUAUCAUGGAGGAGACCACAGACAACCACAGACACACAACCACAGACACACCUGGGUCUGGGACACCAGACCUGGUCAUCAAGGUGUCUGUUCCUGACUGGAAGGUGAUGGCCUUCAGCACGCAGCCUGGAGGAAAGCUGGUCUGGGAACAGCAGUUCUGCACGCCCAUAGCCUCUGCCUGGUUGGUUGGAGGAGGGAAGGUAACGCCCAUCAGCCUGUUUGAUGACACGCCCUACAGCAGUCGUCCUGACGCGGAGGAGCAGGAGGAGGAGGACGAGGACAUUAUGGAGGCGGCUCGGGGAGCUACUGAGUCCAGCGUAUACCUGGGUAUGUAUCAGGGCCAGCUGUACCUGCAGUCGUCCGUCAAGAUCUCAGAAAGGUUCCCAUCUAAAGCCCUGAACGGUCCCGGCCCGGACACCGUCCCUACCAUCAGAUGGAAACCUCUCAUACAUUCUCCAUCUCGGACUCCUGUUCUGGUUGGUUCUGAUGAGUUUGACAAAUGUCUGAACAACGACAAGUUCUCUCAUGAAGAAUACAGCAACGGAGCUCUGUCAGUCCUGCAGUACCCGUAUGACAACGGGUACUACUACCACUACAGUAAGCGUUACCGUGGGCGACGCGGCGUGGCGGAGGUGUCUCUGCUGAAGGGUGGCGGUGCGGUAGGGGAGAGGAGGAGGAAGGAUCCGGUCCUGUUACUGCCCUGGUGGAAAGAGAUUCUAGGGACCAUGGUGUUCUGUAUCGCUGCUACCACCUAUAUAGUCAGGAAGUUCUUCCAACCCCCCGCCCCGGUGGAGUACGUACGGCAACGCAAGGAGUCGGAGACACAGUGUCAGACAGACAGCAAGUAUGACCUUGAGGUGGCCGAACCCAAAGAGACGGUUGUCAUGGAGACCCGCCCCAGUGAAUAUGUAUCCAGGUACCUGACAGACUUUGAGCCGGUACAGUGUCUGGGUCGAGGAGGGUUCGGUGUCGUGUUUGAGGCUCGGAACCAGGUGGACGACUGCAACUAUGCUAUCAAGAGGAUCCGCCUUCCCAACAGAGAGCUGGCCAGGGAGAAGGUGAUGAGAGAGGUGAAGGCUCUGGCCAAGCUGGAACACCCAGGGAUUAUCCGUUACUUCAACGCCUGGCAGGAGAGCCCUCCAGAGGGCUGGCAGGAGGGGCAGGACCAGCGCUGGCUGGAGGAGAGCACUACCGACUGGCCUCUGAGCUCCCCCGACCACAUGGAGGUGCUGUCUGUCAAAGUGCCCAUCUCGUCUGUCUCCAGCCCUGUGAGUUCUGCGUCUGGGCUGGGCGGGGCCUUCAUGACUGACCACGAUCAAUCCAUGCUCUCCAGAUCCGCAGGCGGGGCCAUGGGAUUUGGCUGUGGGGCUAUGGACUUCAGAGUUGGGACUGACAUCCCCCCCCUGCUGAUUGGUCAGGACAGUAUGAUGUCAGAGCUGGAUAGCCAACCAGACGCAGAGGCCUCGACUUCAGACACUCCCCACUCCUUUGAGCUAUGCCCCCCCCGCGGCCCCAGCGACUGCACCUCGUCCUCUUUUGACAUCGUGUUCGAGGACUCGGGCUGCGACCGUGACGCCGACCCUGACCCUGAGGUCAUGAUCCCCUCAGAAGCCUCCGGAUUGGCCAGUACCCCGCUCACUGAGAAGGCUAGCUCCUCCUCCUCCCACACCAGAAGAACCGACCCUUUCCCCGUACCCGUCCCACCCUCCUCCCCCUCCAUCCCUCCCUCCUCCUCUCCUCCACGCCCCACCUCCCUCUGCCUGGCCCCGAGCCCCUCCCGGACCCCCCCGACUCUGCGGCCCCAACCCUCUCCUAAGGUCUACCUGUACAUUCAGAUGCAGCUGUGUCGUAAAGACACCUUGAAGGAUUGGAUGUCUCAGAGAUGUCUGCCUGAACACAGGGAACAUUCUCAGUGUCUGGGCAUAUUUCUGCAGAUCUCUGAAGCUGUUCACUUCCUCCACAGCAAGGGCCUGAUGCACAGAGACCUCAAGCCCUCCAAUAUCUUCUUCACUGUAGAUGACGUGGUGAAGGUUGGAGACUUUGGUCUGGUGACAGCCAUGGACCAGGAAGAGGAUGAGGAUGAUACAGGACCCCUAACUCCCAUGCCCAGCUACGCCCGUCACACUGGACAAGUCGGCACCAAACUAUACAUGAGCCCAGAGCAGUUGUCUGGUGACUUGUACUCUCACAAAGUGGAUAUCUACUCUCUGGGUCUGAUCCUGUUUGAGCUGCUCUGUCCUUUCAGGACACAGAUGGAGAGGGUCAGGACUCUGACUGAAGUCCGAGGGCUGCAGUUUCCUGCUGUCUUCUCCAAGAACAACGUCCAGGAGCUGGGCAUGGUCCGUAGCAUGUUGUCCCUUAACCCGGCGGAGCGUCCUGAGGCUGCUGACAUCACGGAGGAGCCUCUGUUUCAGGAACUGGAAGUCCCAUGUCGCCUGGCGGUCCGACAACGAUCCCGGACAUACAGCGCCUCGUCAGCCGGAUGGCCUGCACGCACCUCUAUAGCCUCUUCCUGAACACGCACACACACACACACGCAACACACACACACACGCAACACACACACACACGCAACACACACACACACGCGACACACACACACACACACACGCGACACACACACGCAACACACACACGCAACACACACGCAACACACACGCAACACACACGCAACACACACACGCAACACACAAGCGCCAGUCACCCCUGUUCCCCCAUUCUCAGUCUAAUGCCAGACAGAACCUCCUCCUUCUGACACACCACCAAAGAGACCCUGUUGGACUUCUCUCUCACAUCGUUCCUACAGUAACCCGACUACAGUAACCGUACUCUCACACAGUGUUUGUUCAUUCAAUCUCUCCCUCCUGCUGAGCCCUGCUGAACCCUGUACCUUAUCAAUCAUAUCUAGAUGACACCUGGUUCUAACAUGAACUGUCCUUAACAACUGGUAACUAGUACUGACAACUAGUACUGAACUAGUACUGACAACUAGUACUGAACUAGUACUGAGAACUGGAGGCUGAGACAGACAUGCCUGACUUGGGUGAAAAAACCUUUUCCUGCUAGUUCCGUUUAAGAUGAUUUAAAUGUAUUGCUUUAGGCCUUAGGAGGUUUGUGAGGUGUAAACUGCCUUGGUGUUUGUGACUGCAUCAGAUAUCUGACCUGCCUUGGACCAGGAGACCUGCCCUCCACUAGAAUGAAUUAAUGAAUGGUGCUGGGGAAUGUUUCUACAGCAUGAUGGGGAUCACAGGGCUAAGAAUUCCUCAAAGCUAUCUUCUUUUUGUUGUUGUAAAUGUAGAAAGUCAACUCUUGUUUAAGUUGCUAAAAGCCAGAGCAGGACAAUGAUUUUCCAAAAUGUUCUCCCUGCCAAUUUUGUAAAUAAGUAAACAAAAAAAUGUAAAAUGAUUGUAUGUUGUUAAAAGAUGUGGUGUGGUCACACCUGUGUAUAUAUACUGACUGUAAUACGGUUCCAUUGCUUUGUAAAUGGCAGAAUGAAGCAUUAUGAUAUCCGAGAGAGAGGAGAGCUGCACUUGAUCGCUAGCUGAACGCGAUCUGGUCUCUUAAGCCCGGAGGAUACUGUGUCACAGACAUGGUUCUUUCUAUCUAAGAAAUAGAAGGGAGAGUGGAUGUAUUUCUAAGUGAACUGUCACCUAGGGGCCAGAUUCAGUCCGAUCACGUUUGGUCCUCUCUGCACGUUUUAAAAGGCAAUAUUCCCAUGUUUGCGUAGGACCCACGUUCACGGAAAACGCUCCCGUAUGUUUUGUUUUUCCACCUUUUAUUUAACCAGGUUCUCAUUUACAUAUUGUCAUCUCAUGUUGAUUAGAACUUGGCCUUUAAAUGUCAAUUGCUCUAUAAGGUGGCUCUUCCUCGGUCUGUAUUUAAUUUAGGCCCUGAACAAGAAUGAACUGAUUCUAAGUUGAGGAGGACCUCCCAAUAACAUGUUGGACCUUCUUCAUUAUGUAAUAAACACCAUGUUUUCUCCUCUGGACAGGAGAGCAGUGCUUUAGAAAAGUCUUAUCAAGUCCUUGUUACUCUUAUCACUGAUAAUUGUAAUGUACUAUAAUUAUUGUUUUAUCAAUUGUACUUUUUCUAAUGAUUUUUGAAAAGGCUUUUUUUCAUAUAAUCCUGCAAGCUUUUUUGAUUACUGUAAAGUUUUUGAUUACUGUAAAGUUUUUGAUUACUGUAAAGUUUUUGACUGGAGAAGCUGAUAAAUUUACAGCAGAGAUCUGGUUAUGUUGAGUAGAGAUGAGAGAGAGUCUUCUGUUGAGUAGAGAUGAGAGAGAGUCUUCUGUUGAGUAGAGAUGAGAGAGAGUCUUCUGUUGAGUAGAGAUGAGAGAGAGUCUUCUGGGGUAGAGCUGGUUCUGUUGAGUAGAGAUGAGAGAGGAGAGUCUGCUGAGGUAGAGCUGGUUCUGUUGAGUAGAGAUGAGAGAGGAGAGUCUGCUGGGGUAGAGCUGGUUCUGUUGAGUAGAGAUGAGAGAGGAGAGUCUGCUGAGGUAGAGCUGGUUCUGUUGAGUAGAGAUGAGUCUGCUGAGGUAGAGCUGGUUCUGUUGAGUAGAGAUGAGAGAGGAGAGUACUGAGGUAGAGCUGGUUCUGUUGAGUAGAGAUGAGAGAGGAGAGUCUGCUGAGGUUUGGUCAAAAUAAAAUCACUUAUUUCUGAUUUUUUUUUUAUAACCCAAACUGGGUUGAACCAAAUGGAACCAAUAAGGCUGAAACAACAGGGAGGGACCUCACUGAACUUGUCCAAUAAAAAAAACUCUGGUUUUCCAUUGCAAAAUG